GAGUGUUCGAUACUCAUAAAAACAUGGUGGUGGUCGGAGACGUGAUUGUGACCAAGAUCAUCGAGAAGUUGGUGGAGAUCGGUUUCAACUAUGCAGCAGACCGGUAUUUUGCUCGGGAUGCUAGGAUGAGAGUUGAGCUUGAAAGGCUCAAUGAUGCUCUUCCUCGUAUCCAAGCUGUUGUGGAGAUGGCUGAGAGCGGGCAGCAAGAAAUUACUGGAGCACUCAAGAAAUGGUUGUGCCAACUCACUGAUGCUGUUUACGAGGCUGACGACGUUCUUGAUGAGCUUGAUUACCUUAAGCUACAGAAACAAGUUGAGGAGAAAUCCUCAGGCAGCAAAGAACAUGGUCAUAGUGGCAAGGGUAAAGUGCGUGGUUUUCUCUCCGAAUCUAAACGGAAAGUUGUAAAAGUUGGUAAAAGAGUCUUCAAAUCUGAUCCCACCCUCGAGAAACUAAGGGGGGCUGUGAAAAGGCUAGAUGAAGUCGCAGCGGGCGUGGGAAAUUUCAUCUCUACACUACAACUGCAUCAACAACAUCAAAGUCAGAGCCCGGUUCCUGCUCGUAAAACUGGACCAGCUCUAACUGAGAGAAAACUGUGUGGACGAGAUGAAGAGAGGGAGGAACUGUUAGGGUGGUUGAGAAAGGAUGACAGCAGUACAAGUGUAUCUCUUUUCUCCAUUAUUGGCCAUGGCGGAGUGGGCAAGACCACCCUCGCACAACACGUCUAUAACGACGAGAGCUCAACUAAUUCCUUCGAUUGCAAAAUCUGGGUGUGUAUCUCCACUCCCUUUGUUGUCGAAAAGGUCAUGGCAGAUAUGAUAGAAUACGCCGAGAAAAAGAGACCUGAAGUCAAGGAACUUGCCGCUCUGCAAGAAGCUCUUAAAGAUCUGGUGUCAUCAAGGAAAUUUCUCCUUGUCUUGGAUGACGCAUGGAAUGAUGACAAUCGUUCUGGGUGGGAUAAUUUGUUUGCUCCUUUGACGAGCGGCCAUAAAGGAAGCAAAAUCUUGUUGACUACUAGAUCGAAGAGCCCUGCAGACAUGGCCGCAUCGGCUUUGGGGGCUUUGGGGGGAUCAAUAAAUGAGCCAAAGAAAUUGAAACCUUUAGAUGAUGACAACUUUCUAAAACUUUUCAACCAAUAUGCAUUUUUUGGGGUAAAUUCUUGUGAUUAUGGGAAGUUGGAGUCCAUUGGCGAGAAAAUAGCAAGAAGGCUCGGGGGCUUACCAUUGGCUGCGAAGACCAUUGGAGCGCUAUUGAAUUCUAAGUUGGAUGAUAGUCAUUGGAACAGAAUUUUGCAUGCAGACAAUAUAUCCAAUCAAGCACAGCAGAUGGAUGGUGUGACGUCUGUUUUGAUGUUAAGCUACCACCAUCUACCAAUGCACUUAAGACCAUGUUUUGCUUAUUGCAGCAUCUUUCCUCAAGAUUAUAGGUUUGACAAAGAUGAUCUAGUCUUCAUGUGGAUGGCUCUUGGCCUCAUUCAAAAAUCUUCCCAAUAUCCAAACGAGACACUGGAGGACACUGGAAGAGGCUACUUCGACGAUUUAGUUAAACAAUCAUUUCUCGAACAAGAUUACGACACAUAUUACUACAACAUGCAUGAUCUUUUGCAUGAUCUAGCAUGUAAAGUAUCUCAUGGUGAUUGCUUUAGAUUUGUUGGAGACAUGUCAAUUGACCAGAUCCCGAAUAUGGUACGUCAUCUGCAUUUUGAAACCGACAAACUUGACCUUCUUAAAGAUGUGGGCAAACGGAAGAAACUCCGCACGCUUGUGUUAGUCUUUAGAGGAUAUGUUAAUGAGCAUGCCAAGGAUUUUGAAGAAGAGUUUAAGUCACUGGAAAGCAUUCGGGUGCUGCGCCUAGCUGUUGACGGCAUGAACGUUUUGCCAGAUGCAAUUGGUAACCUGAGGCAUAUCAGAUAUUUGUCGAUUUGUCAUGAUAUUUCUCGGUUACCUAGUUCAUUCUGCAGGCUCUACCACCUGCAGGUCCUUGCUAGUAGAUGUUUUGCUACUCAAUCUGUUCUUGGCUUGAAUAAUCUCAUUAGUUUGAGACACCUGAUACGCUAUCAAGUUUACUAUGAAAAAAUCAAGGGGUUAGGGACAUUAACUUCACUUCAACGUUUGUCGUUCGCUGCUGAAGCUUAUAAAUUGAGCGAAUUGAAGGAGAUGAGAGAUUUGGGGGAACUGAAGAUCCAUGGCCUUGAGAAUCGCAAGCAUCACGAGGAAGUCAGUAAGAUCGAGUUGCAUCAUAAAAGGAACCUCCUCAGGUUAGAGCUGGUUUGGUCUGAUGACAGUGAUGUGUCGGAUGAGUAUGAACAGAUGCUUGAUCGCCUGCAGCCACCUGAUAGCCUCAGGGAACUAACAAUCAAGGGAUACCAAGGUGCCAGGUCUCCACGUUGGAUGGGACCAGAAUUAUUAAAAAAUCUGGAGUACAUGAGCCUUGGAUAUGGCAGGGCAUGGAAGCACCUUCCUUCUCUCCGGAAGCUCCCAUACCUCAUGCGUUUGACAUUGAGGGUACUGCCAGCUCUUCAGCAAAUUAAUUGUGAAGGUGGCUUUCAACAACUAAAGUACUUAUCUAUUUAUGAAUGUGAGCAAUGGGAGGAGUGGUGUGGAUUAGAAGCAGAGGCGGUACCCUGGUGCCCUCUCCUCAAGGAACUUGUUAUCAAGUAUUGUCCCAAACUGAAGGCGCUGCCCCCUCUGCCCCUCCGUCUCCAAAAAUUGGAGUUGCAAGGUGUGGGAUUGUCUGAUUCCCCAGCAUUCUGGGUGGGCAGCAACUGCGGUGGUAGCAGCUGCGGUACUAGCUCAUCAUCCACGUCCUCUCCCUCUCUCUCUGAUUUGAGAAUUGGAAGGUGUGGAGAGCUGACAUCCGUGGCUGGCUUGUUCCGACAUCAUCUCACGUCUCUCAGGGUGUUGGAGAUUACUUAUUGCCCUAAGCUGAGGAUGUCUCCAAACACAGUUACCCCAGUUGAUUGUUUCUCUCUCCCAUCACUCCGAUCCCUUUGGCUUGUUGAUUGUGGUGGAUCGGACGGUCUCACUCCUGCGUUACUAAUGCAAAGUUCCCCUACUUCUCUUUCAACCCUUAUAUUAGAUGGAGCUAACCACAUAACCGCCUUUCCCUCCGAAGGGGAGUUUACUUCGCUGAGGGAGUUGAGACUGGCAGGGUGUGGUGAGCUGGCAUCAAUUGAGCGUCUAAAGUCUCUUCCCCACCUUAAAGAGCUAACCAUUAGGGAGUGUCCCAAGCUUGUGCAAGCAGCUGCGGUAGCAACUUCAGCAUCAAUCGAGCGGGAAGAGGAGCAGGAGUUCACAUCGACUGUUGAAGAUCCGCUGUUGGCUGGGUUCUUGAUGUUGUGGCUCAAGCGUUGUGUCAUUCCUACUAGGCCGGUCGAUGCCCUCGCUGUUGAGGUGAUUUACCCUGCUGUUCUUUUGGCAUAUGGGAAACCUGUGAGCCUUCUCCAUGCCAUGACUCCCAAUUACAAUCUGAACACAUCUUGCCUAAAAGACAUUAGGCACAUGUAUUCUUUGAGAAAGGGGUCCAAGACAUCCCGCUUGAGAGGGAUUGACGAAUUUCUAUUUAUUGAGAAUCAGCCUGCUGGACAGGAAGAGGAACAGACAGCUGAACCUGCUCUAGGGGAAGAGCAACGAGUGGCUGAUCCUCCUGUGACGAGAGCAUCGGGGAAAAGAAAACUUUCUGCUGAGGAAGCCGGCCAAUAUGAUAAGCAGAUUCGUCGAAAGCUGCUGGUGGAUUCUCCCCCUAAAGGCCAACAAAAAUCCAAGUUGAUGGCUGAGGCCAUCAGAGCUGCUGAAGAUGAGGAGCAAAAGGAAUCUUCUGUUGCAGGCUUGCCACAUAGAGCUGGACUUCGUUCUCAUGGUCCCGCUUUAUCGGGCGAAGCUUCUUCUUAUCAUCCCCCUGAGGAUGAAGAAGAUGAAUUAAUGGCCACCGAUGCAGAAUCUGCUCCGGUGCUGGACCUUCCUGAGUCUCCCGCAUUGGAACUAAAAGGUCUCGAAGAGAAUCCGUCUACUCCUCCUCCAGUAUUAAUGUCACAAGUUGGUGACUUAAUUUCUAGUCCUACAACGGGACUUAUGAAUAAACCAGCUGUGGGCGCAGAUUUUCCAGAACCUUCAGCUGCUCAGGAUGAUGGGGAGCGAGUUGAUUAUGAUGACUCCCCCACUGGUGAUGCAGCUGGAGGAGAUAGAGGCGAUGAGGAUGCUGAUGCUGGCCACAUGUCAGGUGAUGAUGCGGGGGAUGAAGAGUAUGAUACCUUAGAUGACGUCACCACUUUUGAUGAUGAUGCUCCCAAGGUCCCGUCUGACAAAGCAUCAGGUUAUACUCCUUUUUAUCUUACCGGUUCGCCUCCUGCCAAGACUGCUGCUGCUACUACUUCAGCUGCUCCUUUAGAGCAAGAACCUAUGCAAGUGUUGGCUCCUCCACAAGAGCCACUUUUAUCCAGCUCUCCUACGGCGGCUGUUUUACCUGUAGCGUUGCCUGAAACUACUGCUACGACUUCUCCUCUGGAGCAGGCGAUCGUGCAGGCAACAGAUCCUUUGCAGGGGCAAACUUUACAAGACUCUUCCGUAGCAGCCACUUCACCGAAAGCGGUGAUGAAGAUUUCACUCACCCCAACGGAGGCUGGGCCAAGUUCAUCUCAGGCGAAGGCAUUGAUGACUUUGACCUCAAGUCCUUCGCAAUUGAACAUUUCAAUUGCCUCUGCAGCUUCGGCACCUGGAUCGCCUGCUAGUCAUCAUCUUACCGCAUCAAUCUCAGCUGCUGAAGGGGUAUCUUCGGGUGCAGUUGUUAGUCUCGCUAAUGCACCUAAAUUCCUUCAAAUCUCUUUGGUGUAUCUGAACAGUCUUGCGAAGACGGUGGUUGAGUCCCUGAUGAGUGGUCAAGGAACUUUGAAUUCCUUUCGACCUCUUCUGGAAGCAGGCUUAAAUGGAGUCAGGAGCGUGGGCGAAACUCAAUGGUCCGGACGCUGCUCAGAGAUUAUCCUUCGUUUAGAGGAGAAAUUACAACGCCUUGAGACCGUGGGCCACAGUGACCUUCAGCCGCAAAUUGUGUCCACUUUGGCUGGUCUUCAGGUCGCUGAAGUGAUACACCGGGAAACCCUAGAACGGAACCUAGCUGAAAAAGAACGCCAGAUCGCUGAGCUUCGUGAGCGUAACAUUCGGAAGCGAGAAGAACUAGAACGCUCAACUGCUUCCAUGAAUUCGCUUCGGGACAGACUAGUUGAAGCUGAAGCCGAAGUCCUGCGAUUGAAAGCUGAACUCUCCCGCGAAGAAGGCGUCGUCAACAUCCUUAGUACCCAGAAUACAGCUGGUACUUUAGAGUAUCAUGCACAAGCUCAAGCCCUAGAAGACGCCAGGAAGGAAGUGGCGGCCGUCAUCAUACCAAGUGAGGAUGAACUCCGAGCAAAGGCUGAAGCUACAGUGCGGGCUAACCACGAGGCGGAACUAGCUGAACUCAAGGCUCAACUCAUCUCUUUUGAUUUAAUGCGUGAGUGA